AUGAAAAAGUACAUGGGAGACCACCACAAUGUAACAGAGCCAAGUGUGACUCUUGUUUUUAGGGAGCUCAUGAAAGGUCAGAAAGCUGAAACCUAUCUCAGAAUAUCAAGCCAGCGGGCUCUUGUAAGGAAGCAAAUGGAAGAAGAAAGAUUGGCAAGAGAAGCUCUUCUACAGAGGCGUGCUAGUGUUCAUGCUGUUGGAAUUAGUGCUCCUAGUCAAAGUGAUGGUGCUUCUUCUUCUUCUUCCAGGGGAAGGAGAAAGAAGUAA